UUUCUGCUUAGAUGGACAAAACCAAUUUUGAGAAAGGGUUACAGACGACGUUUGGAGCUGUCAGAUAUUUAUCAAGUCCCUUCUGCAGAUUCCGCUGAUAAUCUUUCUGAAAAACUGGAAAGAGAAUGGGACAGAGAGCUGGCAACUUCAAAGAAGAAACCCAAACUCAUUAAUGCUCUUCGACGAUGCUUUUUCUGGAAAUUUAUGUUCUAUGGAAUAAUGUUAUAUUUAGGGGAAGUCACCAAAUCUGUGCAACCCCUUCUGCUGGGAAGGAUAAUAGCUUCCUAUGAUCCGGACAACACCGAUGAAAGAUCCAUAGCCUAUUACCUGGGCAUUGGCUUGUGCCUUCUCUUCUUCGUGAGAACACUACUUAUACACCCUGCUAUAUUUGGUCUUCAUCAUAUUGGAAUGCAAAUGAGGAUAGCUAUGUUUAGCUUGAUUUAUAAGAAGACCUUAAAACUGUCAAGCAGAGUUCUAGAUAAAAUAAGUACUGGACAAUUGGUCAGUCUUCUUUCCAACAAUCUGAACAAAUUUGAUGAGGGUCUUGCUCUGGCUCAUUUUGUAUGGAUUGCACCAUUACAAGUGACGCUGCUGAUGGGACUGCUGUGGGAUAUGUUAGAAGCUUCUGCCUUUUCUGGACUUGCUUUUCUAAUAGUCGUGGCCUUAUUCCAAGCCUGGCUGGGACAAAUGAUGAUGAAAUACAGGAAUAAGAGAGCAGGAAAGAUCAAUGAGAGACUUGUCAUCACCUCAGAAAUAAUUGAAAAUAUACAGUCGGUUAAAGCCUAUUGUUGGGAAGAUGCAAUGGAAAAAAUGAUUGAAAGCAUCCGUGAAGCUGAACUGAAGCUUACCCGAAAAGCUGCUUAUGUGAGAUAUUUCAACAGCUCAGCCUUCUUCUUUUCAGGCUUUUUUGUGGUGUUUUUAGCUGUGCUUCCAUAUGCUCUGAUUAAAGGAAUUAUUCUCCGAAAAAUAUUUACCACCAUUUCCUUCUGCAUUGUUCUUCGAAUGACAGUGACUAGGCAGUUUCCCAGCUCUGUGCAGACCUGGUAUGACUCUAUUGGAGCAAUAAACAAAAUACAGGAUUUCUUGCUGAAAAAAGAAUAUAAAGCUCUGGAGUAUAAUCUAACAACCACUGGGGUUGAGCUGGAGAAAGUAACAGCAUUUUGGGAUGAGGGAAUUGGAGAGCUGUUUGUAAAAGCAAACCAGGAAAACAACAACAGCAAAGCUCCCAGCACUGACAACAAUCUCUUCUUCAGUAAUUUUCCACUUCAUGCCUCUCCUGUUCUUCAGGAUAUAAAUUUCAAGAUUGAGAAGGGACAGUUGUUAGCUGUCUCUGGAUCUACUGGAGCAGGCAAGACUUCUCUUCUGAUGUUGAUAAUGGGAGAAUUGGAGCCUUCACAGGGUAAAAUUAAACACAGCGGAAGGAUAUCCUUUUCACCUCAAGUCUCCUGGAUCAUGCCUGGAACAAUAAAAGAAAACAUAAUUUUUGGUAUAUCCUAUGAUGAAUACCGGUACAAGAGCGUCAUCAGAGCCUGCCAACUUGAAGAGGACAUUUCCAAGUUCCCAGACAAAGAUUAUACCCUGCUGGGUGAAGGUGGAAUCAGUCUGAGCGGAGGCCAGCGAGCACGGAUCUCACUAGCAAGAGCAGUGUACAGAGAUGCUGAUUUGUAUCUCCUGGAUUCUCCUUUUGGACACUUAGACAUUUUUACAGAAAAAGAGAUAUUUGAAAGCUGUGUGUGCAAGUUGAUGGCGAAUAAAACUAGGAUCUUGGUUACUUCAAAACUGGAACAUUUAAAGAUUGCUGACAAAAUAUUAAUUUUACAUGAAGGGAGCUGCUAUUUUUAUGGAACAUUUUCUGAACUUCAGGGUAAACGGCCAGACUUCAGUUCAGAGCUGAUGGGAUUUGAUUCUUUUGAUCAGUUCAGUGCAGAAAGAAGAAAUUCAAUCCUAACUGAGACUCUCCGACGAUUUUCCAUUGAAGGAGAAGGCAUGGGAUCACGAACUGAAAUAAGGAAGCAAUCUUUUAUACAAAAACCAGAUUUUAAUGACAAAAGGAAGAACUCCAUAAUUAUUAACCCCCUUAAUGCAAAUAGGAAGUUCUCAGCAGUGCAGAAGAAUGGGGUGCAGGUCAAUGGGAUAGAAGAUGGCCACAAUGACCCAGCAGAAAGGCGACUCUCGCUGGUACCUGAGUUGGAACAGGGAGAUGUAGGUUUCCUUCGGAGUAACAUGCUAAACGCUGACCAUAUACUGCAAGGUCAGCGGAGGCAGUCGGUGUUACAGCUGAUGACGAGCACUUCUGCGAACUAUGGACCAAAUUUUUCCAAAAAGGGAAGUACAACAUUUCGGAAGAUGUCUAUGGUGCCUCAGACAAACCUGUCUUCUGAGAUUGAUAUCUACACCAGGCGUGAGUCUCGGGACAGUGUCUUGGAUUUUACUGAUGAAAUUAAUGAAGAGGAUUUGAAGGUGUGUGUUAAUUUACAUUCAUCUUGCAUGGGUACUGUUACUACAUGGAAUACCUAUUUCAGAUACGUUACCAUCCACAAAAAUUUGAUUUUUGUUCUCAUUCUGUGUCUGACUCUCUUCUUAGCUGAGGUAGCUGCUUCUAUUGCUGGGGUAUUGUUUCUUAAAAAGACAGCUUUGAAGGCAAAUUCAACCCAGUCAGAAAACAGUACCUCUGACAAACCUCCUGUGAUUAUCACUGACACUAGCAGCUACUACAUCAUUUACAUCUAUGUGGGAGUGGCAGAUACCCUGCUUGCCAUGGGAGUGUUCAGAGGUUUGCCCCUUGUGCAUACGCUUAUAACAGUGUCUAAAACUCUUCAUCAAAAGAUGGUGCAUGCAGUUCUUCAUGCACCUAUGUCAGCAUUCAACUCUUGGAAAGCAGGUGGUAUGCUUAACAGAUUCUCAAAAGAUACAGCAAUUCUGGAUGACUUACUUCCACUUACAGUAUUUGACUUCAUUCAGUUAAUACUGAUUGUGAUUGGCGCUAUAACAGUAGUCUCAAUAUUAGAACCCUACAUCUUCCUGGCAUCAGUGCCUGUGAUAGCAGCCUUUAUUGUGGUAAGGGCAUUCUUCCUCCACACUUCUCAGCAGCUGAAACAACUGGAAUCUGAAGCUCGGAGUCCCAUUUUCACCCAUCUUGUUACAAGCUUGAAAGGGCUGUGGACACUGAGAGCUUUUGGGCGGCAGCCGUAUUUUGAGACCUUAUUUCACAAAGCCCUGAACCUACACACGGCAAACUGGUUCCUCUACCUGUCAACACUGCGCUGGUUCCAGAUGAGGAUAGAAAUGAUUUUUGUUGUCUUCUUUGUUGCUGUGGUGUUUAUCUCUAUCAUAACUACAGGUGAUGGACCAGGUAGAGCUGGAAUUGUUCUUACUUUAGCUAUGAACAUAAUGGGAACCUUGCAGUGGGCAGUAAACUCAAGCAUAGAUGUGGAUAGUUUG